AAGUCUUUAAAAGCUGUGGGCUUUGUGGAACUACGUUUUUUUCUUUUCUUUUACUGGCUGCGCUGCCCUCAAAACAGAGUGAGGCCACUGUAGCCUUCAGCAGAAAAUGGAAAAACUGCGCACAGCAAUGAAUUUUUGUAUCCACUACCAAAAGACUCUGGGUUACAGCAUCGUGUCACUGCUGACAAUUGCCAGCGAGCAAAUCUUUUCCUUGGUGGCCUUCAGGUGUCCCUGCAACUCUUUGAAUAGUCUGUAUGGCUGUGUCUUCCUUCUAGCGCCAGCCAUCCUUCUCUUUCUGCUUGGCUGCAUGGUGAAUGUCAGGACUUGUCUCCUGCUUAGAUACAGCUGCCCUCAGGAGAAGAAACACUGCUGUGGAUCUUGGAGAAAAGGUCACUUCUACCUGAAAGUGCUGGCACCAGUGACAGCCAGCAUCUUGGUGGCCCCCCUCACCUGGAUUGCAGUGGCCCUGCUCAGUGCAAACUUCUACGAGUGCGCAGCCAGCGGGAGCAGCUUCAUCAGGAACCAGAUGUGCAGGGAUAUGGACAAGCCUGAAGCAUGCUGGGAGCUGCUGGAGAAAAUACCCUGUGAUGAGAACGCUGUCAGAGGUCUGAAUAAGCUGAAUUUAACUUCUAAAGGUAAACUUGUCAGCUUUCAAGCACAGUCUCAGAUUCUAGGAUGGUUGCUGAUAGUCAUCGUCAUUACUGUGGCAGUCAUUUUAAAAUGUAUCAGCCGCUGUUGCUCCCCAGGUAGCUAUUUUCAGCUAAAGUUCUGGAAAAUUUAUUCGGAAAAGGAACAAGAGCACUUCGAAACCAAGGCUAAAGAACAUGCAGCUCAGCUGGCCGAAAGAAACAUGAAUUACAUUUUUGAAGCCACCAACCCACCGCCAUCUCAGACUCCCAGCAAUGAAGACUGACAGAAGAUUUCACUCCCAUAUGCAUUCAGUAAGAAUGAUCAGUAUUACAGCAUGAUACACAAAUACAUUAAUGCAAACAGAGGCAAAAUCAGUACACUCAGUGAAGGAGAUCAAAUUUCCUAUGGUUUAGGGUUUGUAGACGAAGCACGUAAAUGAGCAAGGGUUUUAGUAAAAAAAAAAAACAGUUUGUAACACUGGUAAUCUUUUAACCUUACUGAUCUAAAACAAGCUUUAUUCUGUGCUCUUACUGAAAUCAAUGAGAAUUGUAUGUUAAAGGCUGGUAGUGUAAACCCCGGGAGACUUUUUAAAAAUAAACUUCAUAAUUUUGCUUAAGUACAUUUAAAUAAGCGUAUGGUUCACGAUGGGAUUAUUUCUUUUUUGUGUCAAUGAUCAUUAAGAAAAAGUCAUAUGUGAAACAGUAA